AAAAGAGCGGGUUAAAAGGAGAGAAAACCCCGGUGUUUUCUGCCAUCGGGUGGGUGGGAUAAGCGCCGCGACUCCCGCUUCGUGACCUUGACUGUUCUUCACAGGGCGCUGCGGCCAGGCUGGGCGCGUUCACCAUUGAGCGUUACGUGGCUCCCAGAAGACUCACCCCACCCCAGUGUGGGAACACUGCAGUUGUGGAGGUGGAGACAGGAAUGGAACCAGAAUCAGAGUUCAAAUAUACCAGAAAAUCUGGGCUCUAAAUUCUUAUGUAAGCCAGAGAGUGACUGACCAAGAGCUGUGGGACAUUGAGGACUUUAACAUUCACUGUAAACUUUGGCACAGGUCACUUAUUUCACUGAAUACUGGAUCCAAAAAGCACAAUGAACACAAGAAUGUGCUAUGGUACCAGGGUGAAUUCCAGACAAUCACAAGAAUUCUUUACACCAGGGGAAGAAGGCACAAAUCCUGAGGUGAUCUUGGAAGUGGAACUGAUAGAACUUGAGGAAAGUGAUGAAAUAGUUGACCUCACUUGUGAAUCUCUAGAACCUACAGUGAUUGACCUAACUCAUCAUGACUCUGUUGUGAUUACUGAAGAAAGGAGGAGGCCAAGGGGAAAUACAAGAUCACUCCAAGGCCAAACUGGCAGCCGUGUGGUUAGCAGUGAUAAGGAGGGGUUGAUGAGGGACAGAGAUGUAUCUGUGACCAACAGUGCCUAUUAUAAUGCCCUGGAAGAAGAAACUUUAAGUUGCACACUACCUGGUUAUAUCCGGUGUCGGAUUUGUAUGGAUGGGUACUCAGAGAUUGAACUGAGUAAACGACACAUCUACUCUACAGAAUGUGGCCACAUCUUCUGUAGUCAGUGCCUCUAUACGUCCCUUAAAUAUACUAAAACCUGUCCAGUUUGUUUGAAAAACAUCAGCUGCCAUCAGUACCACCGCAUCUAUAUAUGAUGUGUGCUAUGUUGCUUAGGACAGACAACCUAGCUAGAUUUUUCCAUGUCAUUGUGCAGAAGCUAUGGGUUGUUGGCAUUUGGUACACUGAGUUAAAAAUGCCUGAUUUUAAAAAUUGCUCUCUGAAGUAUAUAAAAACCUUUUUCAUUUCCCAUACACUAUGAGACUACCUUUUGAUUUGUUUUGUUUCAUGCUGUGGGACUGGACUUGGUUGUCAUAGUGUGCCAGAGACUAGUAGUUGUCCUCAAAGCAAAUUUUCCUUUUUCUCAUAACAAUUUAAUUGGCCACAUGUGAGCAUUUUAGGUCAUGUAAAUAAGAGCAACAUCCUAGAGAUGAUGGAGUAAGAAGAUGGAAGGAACCUGAGAGACUGACAGCUUUGCAAACCAGAACCGCCUACAAGUUUGGGCUUUUACUUGAGAGAUGAAUAAACUUCAUUCUUGU